GGACCACAAUUCAACUUCAGCCCCAGACGCCAAUAUGUGGAAGCAGCUGCGCCCGCUGGCCCGCGCCAUGAGCACGACGACCAAGAAGGAGGUCAAGAUCAACAACGAGAAGGUCCCGUUCCUCGCCGAUCUCAAGCCCAGCGGCAAAUAUGUCAUGGAAGACCUGCACAAGGUCGGUGGCAUUCCCGCCGUGUGCAAGUACCUCUUGGAGAAGAAUAUUCUGACGGGCGACGUACUUACGAUCACGGGCAAGACGCUGGCCGAGAACGUUGCAAACGUCCCAGGUCUCUCGGACAACCACAAGAUCAUCCAUCCGGUCGAGACGCCCAUCAAGGCGUCGGGGCAUUUGCGCAUCCUCCGCGGCAACAUGGCGCCCGAAGGCUCUGUCGCCAAGAUCACGGGCAAGGAAGGACUGCACUUCAAGGGCGAGGCGCGUGUCUACGACUGCGAGGAAGACAUGAUGAAGGCGCUCGAGGACGGCGAAAUCUCAAAGGGUCACGUCAUCAUCAUUCGCUACGAAGGCCCCAAGGGCGGACCGGGCAUGCCCGAAAUGCUCACAUGCACGUCGGCCAUCAUGGGCGCUGGUCUCGGCAGCGACGUGGCCAUGCUCACGGACGGUCGCUUCUCGGGUGGCUCGCACGGCUUUAUCAUUGGCCACAUUACGCCCGAGGCCCAGGUCGGCGGCCCCAUUGCGCUCGUCAAGACGGGCGACAUUGUCGAGAUCGACGCUGUCCAGAACCGCAUCGACAUCACCGGCGUCUCGGAGAACGAGAUGGCGUCGCGGGCAAAGGCGUGGCGCGCGCCGCCGCUCAAGGCCACGCGUGGCACCCUCUACAAGUACAUCAAGAACGUCUCGUCGGCGUCGCUGGGCUGCGUCACGGACGAAUAAGCAUAGUGUCGUAAAAACAAUUGCGUAUGUAUCUAGUC